GUCAAAAGUUCUGUUAGAUAGUGUAGAAAUAAAAAGAUUAAUUGUAACAACUAAUUGUAGAGUGAUUGAUUUCGAUGAUAAUCCUUGUAUGAAUUAGGCUUACAAAUAUAUGUAAGUUCAGCUUCACUAAAAAUCAGGAAUAAUAACAAUAAGAUUUCUUCUAUCUUCUAAGAAGAUUAGAUAUUGGAUAUAAAUAAAAAUAUUAAGAACAGAAUGCAAUUUUAAAUCACAAAUUAGACUUUUUGAUGGACGAUACUGUAAAUUAUAUGAAGUAAGAUUAGAUUUAAAUCAAUAAAUGAGUGAAGUGUAUAAGAGAUUUAGAAGAAAGUGGAAAAGCAUUUAAUGGCUAGGGGUCAAUAUCAGUUGCUUAAUUAGAGGUUAGAAAUAAUUUUCUUAUUGAUGUUGUUAAAAGUUUGGAUUAAAAUUUAUUAUUGGUCGAAAAAUUAGUAAAAAGGG